AUGGCUUGUUUGGUUACAACUGUGCCGCUACUCCAGAAUCCUCCAGCCGCGCCGCUGGGACCGACCACUUAUCUUUAUAGUCCCAUAGCGGGCGCGGGGCAUGAGGUGAUGUUCUUUCAUCAAAACAGUUCACCCUAUGCAGCAAAUUCGACUAGCGACUACAGCACUGACCAUAGUGCCCACUCCAGUAUGCUGGAAUCUGUAGAGGUAGGCCGUCCAGCCAGGCAUCCGGAUGUUGUUGGCUGA